AUUUGCGCGGAUGGAUUUAAGCUGUUGUCGUCAGUUUGCUCUGUUUCUCACUGAUACUUGAGUCUCCGGGGAAGAAAGCGAAACUGAUCAACAACAUGUUGCAAGAAUGUGGAGGUCCCCCUCGUGAGAUCCGGCUUUGCGUCUGGAGCGCACCGGCGUCGUGCGUCCUUGCGAGAGAACCAGCGCGGAGCAGCUCGUAGCUCAAACGUCUGCGGUGAGGAGUGCGCGAACAUGUCGGACAAGUUGGUCAACGUGUCCAACCACUCGCUCCAAGCGACUGAGGGCGCCCACUAUAACUUCCCAGCACUUGUUUUUGGGAUUUUACUCAUCGUGGUCGUCUCUGGAGGAAACCUGCUGGUGUGUCUGAGCGUUUAUUUGGAGAAAGCGUUGAAAACCACCACCAACUAUUUCAUCGUCAGCCUGGCGUUUGCGGACCUGCUGCUGGCGCUCCUGGUUCUGCCGCUGUUCGUUUACGCAGAGUUCCAGGGUGGAGUUUGGUCCUUGAAUAUGCUGCUGUGUGAUGGCCUAAUGACCAUGGAUGUGAUGCUCUGCACUGCGUCUAUUUUCAACCUCUGUGCCAUCAGUGUGGACAGGUUCAUUGCUGUAUCCAUACCGCUGAACUACAACAGAAAGCAUGUGGACCAGCGACAACUCAUCCUCCUCUCUGCAACCUGGCUGCUUGCGUUGGCUGUUGCCUCACCAGUGAUUUUUGGCAUCAACAACGUCCCCAACCGCAAUCCCACCGAGUGCAAACUGGAGGACAACAACUACGUGGUGUACUCCUCCGUCUGCUCCUACUUCAUCCCCUGUCCAAUCAUGGUUCUGCUGUACUUUGGGGUUUUCCGUGGCCUGCGACACUGGGAAGAGACUCGAAGAGCGAAACUGCGCAGCAGCAUUGAGGCCUGCAGGAAGCUCCAGCAUGCCGCCAUGGCCACUGCUCUGACCCCACUUGCCGGGACGAUCCCUGGACCCCUGCCCAUGCCUCUGCCGAGGAUCAUUGAAAGGGACUUGGCUCAGUCUAGACUGGACGACACUGACGAUGAAAUACAGCAGGAGAUUCCUUAUCCACGGCAGUACAGAGAGAACUCGGUGCCGACGGUGACUUUCAACCCCCAGCAACUCAAGAAGAGAGCCAAGAUCAACAGCAGGGAGAGGAAAGCAAUGCGAGUCCUGCCAGUUGUCGUGGGUUGUUUCCUCUUCUGCUGGACACCUUUCUUCGUGGUCCACACGCUGCGAGCAGUGUGCAUCACCUGCAACAUCCACCCUGGACUCAUCAGUACCGUCACAUGGUUGGGCUACGUCAACAGCGCCCUCAACCCCAUCAUCUACACCGUCUUCAACACGGAGUUCAAGAAGUUCUUCAAGAAAUGCUUCCAGAGCUGCUGCUGACACCGGAUUGCCUUCCAAUUCAAGGGGUCUCGAAGUACUAUGGCGAGGAACAAGAGACUUUGGUUCUUGGGAAUUGAAGUCACAGGAAGUGGAUUGUUAAAUUGACUCUGACAGUAACUUGCAAACAGGAGACACACAUGUCUGAAAGCUCUUCAUGCAAGUGUCUGCCUUUGCAGGGUUCCUUCUUAUGAAGUUUAUAAAUAGACAAGAAACACUCAGCUGCAGUUGUGAACAGCUCAGUUUCUGCUGAAAGACGUGGAACGUAUCCAGGGCAUCAGAGAGGAAGUGCGCCUGAAACCAUCAGCUCUCACUGACAAUUGUCUACAAGCUGCAGGAAUAAGCUCCUGCAAAGCUAGAACAGCUCAACAGCAUGAGUGGAAAUCCUCGAUCAUUGAGCUCCACUUCCUCAGAUGAAAGAACAGUUCAGCAGGUCUGAAACAGCUGACAGCAGUCGCUCCAAUGUUUGGUUGUGGACUGCUUCAUUUUUGUCACAUUGUGUUCUUAAAAACUCGCCUUCAGAAAGCAAAUAGUCUGUGUGACAUUGUUGCCUCUUUUAAAGAUGUACCUGUGAUGGCUUGUCCUUACAAAUCUUAAAAUACCUGAACCAGAAGCUCUAUAUAUUCAUGCCUAACCACACGUCAAACAUGUCAAUACAAAGUCAUCCAGCCAAAGCACUGGCCUCCUUCAGCAUAGGUCAAAACAUUUGACAGCAAAAGUCCAUCUCUAAACCAAUGACCAGCUGAACAUAAUAAUUAUUUCCUUGUUUUAAGAUUGUUAAAACAAUGGAGGUCACGUCAUUAUUUAUGUAUAAGAAAAUAUGUUAAAUAUGUUGUUUGUUGCGUUUCAUGGAUUUACCGUAAGAAUUUGUCAUGUGACGUUGACGUACCAGAAAUCACGUACCAUGAAUACUAUAAUUUUAGAGAUGUGUCUAUGGCUAUGUCAUGUUCUUACAUUAACAAUUUAAAAAAUAGAAUCAGAGAAAUGUGGCCUCUGUAAGUUCUACGGGCUCAUCAGUAAAAGUCCCAUAACACACUACAACUAUGAAAGCGCUGAUCAUUUGUAAGAGUCAACCAUAUCACAAAGUAUGUAGUUUGCUGUGUGAGAAAAUUCAAUAAAUGUGGCCCGAACACAAGCUUCAGAUUGGUGUUUCAUUUUUCUUAUAACAAGACAAUAAUUUCCCUCCGAGCAGAGCUCAGUCCUACACUUCAUUUAAAAAAAAAUUCAAAACAAAAUUGAUUUUCGCAGAACAAUAAUGACCAGCUGUCUUGAGACCAUGUGUUGCUCCAUCUGCCAAAACCCAUCAUUCAUUGGAAAUACACUGCUUUUGUUUGAAGCCAUCCAGGCAAGAUUAAAAUAACAAUGUUUAUACACCCAUACGCCGUGUCUCUGUUGACGUUUCUCUUUAAACCUUUAUUAAUAACAAGUGGCAACACGUCUUCAAACGAUGCUCUGGAUUAAACAAGAUUGUAAAACAAAGCACCUCCUCCUGAAAAAAAGAACAUUUAAUCCCACUAAAACGGGGUAAUGAAUUAAGAUGAGACUCCCUGGUGAGAUGUGCAAAUUAGAACAUGUUGCCCGUUCAGAAAAUCUCAUUCUAUUGUCGUCUUCCCACCAGCUCAUCGCAAAAUGUUGUCAGUCUGCCAUGAUGUUUUAAAACAAAUUUGCCUUGUCAAUAAAGUGGCUAUUAUUGUUGUUGCCAGUUGUCUUCUGCCAUAUUCCACUGUACUGUAUCCAUGAACCUGCCUGACACCCAAUUUAGGAAAGAAGAUCAGUGUUGCAACACAUGUUUAUCAAUAAAGGUGUGAGUGAAUGAGACAGUACACAAGAUGCUGCUGUGUUCUCACCUGCAGGAGACUUUUUCAAAAAUGAAUUCCACA